AUGCACACAAACCCAUCCUCCCAUCCCGUACCCGUGAUCUCAGUGGAGCUUGGACCGAGCGCAGCGCCGUGCUUGGACAGCGUUGAGGUCUUUCCGUAUCUGCGCGAGCCCGUCAUCGAGAACUCAACACUGCCGGCGGACACUUUCUGCCAGCACAGCAAGAAUCGCAGUUCCACCACGCCUAUUUAUAGCGCGGGCCGACUGCUGGGACUGCGUCUGCGGUUCCAGCAUCCGCCGACAAAGUUGGACAACUGGAGCCUGAACCUAACGGCCAGCUAUCGGUUUCUGAAACGAGAUAACUUCAAGACGGAGGGCCGCCUGGUGCCGCACAGCUACUGUGACUUUUACUUCUUUGCCAGCCUGGCGGACGACGUGGGCAGCUUGGGGCAGGGCUACUUUCACUCGCCCCGCUUUCCCGCCCACUAUCCGGCACACAUCAAGUGCGCCUACAAGUUCAUCGGGCGUCCCGAUACCCGUGUGGAGAUCGUUUUCGAGGAGCUGCAACUGCCGCCGGUGCUCAGCGGCGGCUGUCAACUGGAUGCCCUGACCAUCUUCGAUGCCGAGUCCGCCCACAUGAACGCCGUACUGGAUGUCCUCUGCACGCCCUGCCCCACGCGUCGACUCGUGAGCAGCGGACCCGAUAUGCUGCUCGAGUUUAAUGCCAGCUCGAACCGCACGGCCAAGGGAUUUCGCGGCAAGUACAAGUUUGUGACCAACGGACAGGGGGGGCUGCCGUUGGCCCUGCCACCCCCCGCAGCACCCAUUCUGGAGGCGGCCAGUGUGGCAGCUAAGCAGCAGGAGAAGCUGCAGCAUCAGCAAUCGUCGUCGUCGGCGGCCAGGGUGAACAGUCUUCAGGCGGAUGCAGAGCUGUCGAAGCCCGGACGUUCAUUUGAAAAAUGCCAGCACACGUACGACUCGCGCGUAAACAAAAGCGGCACUUUCGAGUCCAAUCAGCUGUUCUUCAGCAAGAACUUUGGCGUUGCUAACACUGGCGCGAGAAGCAUUGCCUGCCGCUACGAUUUUGAGGCGCAACCGCCAGAACGCAUUCAAAUCAAGUUUCAUGACUUCAAUAUACCAACCACAAACGUAAAUUCUACCGAAUGCCAGGCAAAUGAUGCUCUCCACGUGAUGAUUGAAGUGGGUGGCAGGUACGAGACACAGGAACUUAUCUGUGGAGCCUUUCUGCCCAAGCCUCUGAUGUCGAAUGGCCCGCAAAUCCAUAUGCAGUAUUUUGGAAAGUAUCCACCUGAAAUGACCAACAAGGUUCAGUAUUACGGGUUUCGUGCGGAAUACAGGUUUCUCUCAAAUUUUGGCAUCAUGUCGGGCGUCCAACAGGGCGAGGAAUGCACUUUCGUCUACAACAGCAGCGAACGUAUCAGUGGGCUCUUCCAUUCACCGAAUUUCCCUGGGUAUUAUCUGGAGAACGUUGUUUGCAACUAUUACUUUUAUGCCGGCAGAGACGAAAGAGUUGUCCUGCAUUUCACCUACUUUGAUGUGGAGGGCAUCGGAGCAUGUGACCAUCAGACCGCCAGCGACUAUGUGGAGUUCUCGAAUUUCAUGAGCACCGAUCGCAAGUACAGUAAAUACUGUGGCAAGCUGCAGGACUUUGAAAUGCGUUCGGAUGGUCGAUUCUUUCGAGUCACACUGCACUCGAACGAUCGGUUUGUAGCCAUUGGAUUUCGGGCUCUUUACACAUUUGAGCCCAUUCCAAUGAAUAACUCCGUCACCGAUCUACGAGGCAACGCCUCAAUGCAGAGUUAUGUCUCUCAUGCACCCUCACGGGAUACACAUUUGGACAUUAUUGCAAUCAUAUCAUUUUGGGUGCAUUAUUCAUUUAUAAAACACAGUAUUUAAAAAUAUAUACGAAAA